AUGGCUAUUGGCAGUGAGGGCUACGACGCCUCAACCAACCCAGCAGAUCCGGAUCAGGCACAUGUUCUGUCAAAAAGCAAACGUGGAAGAGAAGAUGCCCGUCGGGAGAAUACUGCACCCGCCGGGGCUUCCACAACAGCCACUCCAUCAGGUUUCCUCGUGGAGGGUUUCCACACCAUCACAACUAAGACGAGCCCGCCUCCUGCGAACGAGAUACUUCCUUGCUUGACUGCCUCAGAUUCUCAUGUGCUUCACGCCGUCACGACGAAGACAUCGACACCUCUUCGCGAAAGAGCCCAAGACACAAGCAAAGUGCCGUCUGGCACAAAAGUCACCAUUGGCGUGUCCGUCAUGGUCGGGAUCCUGGCCGUCGUCGCCCUGAUCGCAUGGCACAUGAGGAUAAGGAUACGGCUCCGAAACAAGAAGCGCAUCAGCCGUCCCGUCAAGCCCAGCAGCCUCCCUCCCACGCCGCUCAUCUCGCCAUCAAGUUCAUACGCCGGACCGCCAACAAACGGCCCCCUGACGCCACCCGCACGGCUGCAGGAGCGCCGAUUCUUGCUGACCAGGGCCCUGAGCCUCCGCCGCAGCAACUACCGCCGUCGGCGUGAUGACGAGGAGGAGCCCGAAGAAUGGUCCGCAGUGCCGCUGGCCCCCAUGCCGCCGCUUACUCCGCCGUCCGCCUCCAGACCUGCCAAGCGGCCUCUGGAGCAGGACGAGCCGAGCGGCAUCACGGCAACCACAACCAUUUCGAUGACGACUACGGCUCCGCCACGGCCACCUCGAAACGACAUCCCGCCGGCUGGCAGCCUCUCGAGCGUAUUCAGCAGGGCCAGCACCCUGAGGGCGGUGGCGUCAAAUGCAUCUUCGGACUCGGCGCAAUUCGGGCCCAGCAGCGUCGUCACUGCCAUGGAGCUUCCCCGGCAGCCGGCCCGCGUGUACGAGACGCCGCCGGUGAUUCGAGGCCUGGCCAGCCCCGGACCGCCUCCGAACAGGGCGCUUCCAAGUCUCCCCGCGGAUGGCCGAAGGAGCCCUCUGAGGUCGCCGCUGGCAUCGCCCAAAAGCCCGACGCGGCGAGCAUCGCCUAGCUCAGGGGCUGCGCCUGCGCCACAGCCGUCUUUGGGAGCGACCGAAGGAAACAGAUGUCCCCGAAAAUCGAGGGAGGAGAGUGGUGGUAAUGGAAGGACGGCUAGGGAGUCGGGCUUGCAGUCUACGAGGAGGGCGAAGCAUGCGAGGAGUCCGUUGCUAAACGAGGUUUGCUUGAAUAGCGCCACGAAGACGGAGUGA